AUGGCGCACCUCCACGAUUACAGUGACCACUUCUACUCUCACAUGGAGGACUAUGGAGAGGACAGCAGCCCCCACCCUGAACAGGGGGCAGCAGCUGAAGUGGGGGGCAGCUUCUGUGAAGGAGCUCUGAGCCUGGACCACAGUGAGAAUCCAGAGGACAACCAGGCCCAGGGGGGGCAUGUGAGCCCUCAUGAUAACCUGGAUCCCGAAGAUGACAUCAACAGCCAGGAGCCCAUGGAGGUGGACCCAGAGGAGGCAGCCCUUGAGAUGCCUGAGGUUCGAAGGAGCAGGCCCAGCAGGCCCCGCAAUCAGUUCCACUUCACACACUGGCAGGUGCGGGAAAUGGAGACUGUUUUCCAAGAAACCCAGUACCCAGAUGUACUCACAAGACCGGGACAUCUUGUUGAAAAGGAGGACUCUAAAGGCUCCUGCGACUGAGCUUGAUGUCCUUUUUCUGCCUCUUUUGUCACAGUUCUCU